AUGUAUGGAGUGGAGAGGAGCGGGGCGGGGGUUUGGAGCGGAGCGGAGUGGAGCAGAGUUGGGUGGAGUGGAAUGGAGCGGAGCGGAACGGAGAGGAGUGGAGUGGAAUGGAGUGGAGUAGAGCGAGGUAGAGUGGAGCGGAGCGGAGCUGAGCGGAGUGGAAUGGAGUGGAGAGGAGCGGGGCGGGGGUUUGGAGCGGAGCGGAGUGGAGCAGAGUUGGGUGGAGUGGAAUGGAGUGGAGUGGAGUGGAGUGGAGUGGAGUGGAGCGAAGUAGAGUGGAGCGGAGCGGAGCUGAGCGGAGUGGAAUGGAGUGGAGUGGAGCAGAGUAUGGUGGAGAGGAAUGGAGUGGAAAUGAGUGGAGCGGAGUGGAGUGGAGCUUAG